UGUGUGCAUAGUGGCGGGCACACGGUAGCAUGGAGAUGGGACACUUGUCUCACAGACGAACGUAAAUUCUGAUUUGGGGGAAGAUGAAGAUUAGGGCUUAGUUGUUGUUGGCUCAGUUCGUCGGAGCCCCGAACCCUAAAACGCAAAAUUGCAUUAGGGCUUAGGGUUCUGAGAGCUUCCGUUGUAAAAAUCCGAGCUCUCUGAAGACCGAAAUCAUGAAGAGACAGCGCGGGGUACCUGCCACUCAACCACAACGGCAGUCUUCUCCCAGAAAGUGGAAGAUUAGUGGCAAUGAUCACAUCAGUAAACUGCCAGAUGAUAUUCUUUAUACCAUCAUCUUGUUAUUGAGUAUGAGGGAUGCUGUGCGUACGAGUGUAUUAUCACGCAGGUGGAAGAACAUGUAUGCAUACAUAUCAAAUCUUGAGUUCGAUUGGCAUAACAUAACCCCCACACCAGUCAACUACAAUUGUGGAACUGUUCCCAAGGGUUAUGUGCGUCAUUUUCUAGGAAUAAUAGACAGAUUCUUAGCGCGCCAUUUGGGCACGAAGGUUGUCUCCUUCAAGGUUUCCUGUUGCUUUGGCAGUAUGUAUGCUCAUCGAAUCACUGACUGGAUCAUUUUUGCCGUUAGAAAGGGUGUUGAAAGUCUCGAUCUUGCCUUUACUUGUGACAAACCAGCUGAACGCCAUGAUUGGAGAACCGUUGACUAUUAUCCUUUUCCUACUCAGCUCUUUUUGCACGGUGAAGAAUCCAAGCUAAGGCACCUUUCAUUACGCUCAGUCACCCUCUGGUCAGAUUUUAGUGAUCGGUUUAGAACCUUAUCCACUCUUGUGUUGUGCGAUGUUAAUCUUGCUGGACCCGUUGAGCCACGCAUGUUUUCUUCUUGUUUGAACCUUGAGCGUUUAACAUUGCAAUGGUGUUUUGGAUUAGAAAGGUUGUGCCUUGGUGAUUCUCUUCAUCGUUUGAAGGUACUGACGGUGAGCCUCUGCGAUGGGUUAAAGGGGAUUGAACUCAGUGUCACCAAUCUUACCAUUUUUCAUUAUAAGGGUGAUGAUACAGAGCUCUCUUUCGAAAGGGUUCCCAAUCUGGAGGAAGUGUGUGUUGUGAUGAAGGGAAUUAAUGUGAUUACUACUUUUGCUCGGUUAGAAAAAGAACUUCCUCAUGUCAAGACCAUGACAGUUACUAGAGAUUAUUUGCGUCGGGGUUACUAACCAUUCAACAAAGGCUCGGGGUUUGGACCGGUGUUUUGUUUAAUAUCCAAGAUAGCAGCUCUCUCCUAGAAGUUUUACCCCUGCUUCAGAAAUUCCAUUUGGCCUCGAAUCUUCGCUGCAUCGACUGUUGUUGUAGGUGUCCGAUAUAAACUUGUACCGUUUUGCAUCAGAUUGUUACAGAAUCUUUGCCCCUGCUUCAGAUCAUGAGGCGUUAUCAUUUAUAGUUGGUGUCGAAUUUACUUUCCGAAACCUAGAAAUUCAAAUUCACAUGUAUAAUUUACUUGGGGAAGAAUUCAGAGGAUUUUGUAGAAUAUAUAGUGUAAAGUGAAAUUUACUAGCUUUGUAGUUCUUCGUUUUUAUGUAAUGGCGGAAUUUCAAAUCGAUUUUUUGGAUGGUUUUUCGUGGU